AUGUCUGGCUUGGGAACUCUCAACGAGCACCACCUGGUGCAGAUCCUGCAGCACCUGGCCCCGAUCGAUGCCAAGUGCUUUUGGCCCAUUGCCCGGAACGAGAUCUUUUCAACGCUGGCGGAGACCUACUGGGAGCAUCACUCCAGGCGGGUCUUCGGUCUGUCGGAGUUGCAGGGCCCAGACGGCUCUGUCUCUUCCUGGCACAAGCUCUUUAGGAGCUGGCACAAGGUGCUCUUACAGCUGAGCACCUCUAUGGGUUCUGCUGCGGUGCGCAGCGGCCAGCUGGCGCUGCCUCAUGUUCGGUGGAUGGCCGUGUGGCGCAGGAUCCGCAGCUGGCUGUCGUCGACCCCUGGUGCUGAGAGAAUUCACGACAGCUUGCGGAGUGAGGCCAAAGACUUAUCUCCGCUGGAGCAGAUGGGGGCAGUGCCGCAGGUGAUGGACUGCUGGCGCCUGGUUGACGGCCAGGAUGCGCCGCUGGAUCCACAGGUUGCACAUAUGACGCGCAGCAUGCGUGCAAUGACAGAUGGCGACGAGUGGUCUCUGGGCCUGUUUGGGGGCUACCAGGCCUACGAGCAUGAGGUGUGCACGGUGUUUCUCCCCCUCGUGGCAGCUCUGAGCAUCACGGAGCACUUCUGCAACAUUUUGCAGGCACGGGUGCCAGAACUCAAGGAGGUCUUGCAAGGCAAGUUGAUCUUCGCAGCAUCCUACAACGUGACGAAAGUCUUUUUCGUGGACCUGUCGGACGGCCUGGUUUACAUCUUUACACGCAACCCCAGAAGUCCACUAGAACUCGCCAUCCCCCGUGGGAAGCCUGGAGAUGGUUUGCUGAGGUGGUUCGAGGAGUAUGCGCAGCGACUUCACUCGACCUUCUACACUAUGGACUGCUUGAGACCAGAGGCACACCCUUUGCUGUGCGGCAUCUCCCUCUUCCCGAAGACUGCGCCAGAGCUCAAGGUUUGUACUACCCGUGGUGUGGAAGUCCAAGCCAGCUGCAUCUACAUGCCGGAGCAUCAAGCAGGUUGGACAUACUCCAUUGCCCUUCGUCUGGUGGGCACCUUUGAAGAGAGAGGCUUUGACAGCUGCCAGCUGCUUUCCAGGCACUGGGAGAUCCAGGAGGACGGCAAGGAGUGCGAGCGUACGCACGGUGAUGGCGUGAUCGGCCUGUUUCCCAUUCUCGUGGAGGGCGGCUGGCUGAAGAAUCGGGAGAGCGACCCCCAUGGACAGUAUGAAGGCCAUGGAAGAGUGGAUGGCCUCUUCCGGUAUCAAAGCUGUUCAGGUCGCAACGCUUCUAUGCGGGGCACCUUUGGUGGUCACCUGACCUUCGUCCCGGGGACACGGAAGUCUCCGCAGGGCGAAGCUUUUCAGGUGAGGGUAGAACCAAUGCGGCUCCAGGUGCCGACAUUUAUGUACUGA